GUGAUACUAGUUCUUAUAAGUAGAAAGGAAAAACUAAUAUGGCGUAAUCCAUUAAUCUGUUGACCGGGUAACUUGUUGUGUUUUUUUAUAAAAAAAUUCAAAAAAUUAAAAGUUUUGAUUAUUAAAUUUUAAAUAAUUAUAGGCAAGAAAUGAUGCCUUUUAGAAGUUUUAUUGUUAGAAGUUUUUCAACAACUUCUAAUAAAAUUGCUAACCUCGUUAAGAAAUGGUAUAUCGAAAGUGCUGUUAUCAGAAACACAUAUGAUGUUGGUGAUUCCACAAAGUGUUGAAUGAUUAUAAAUGAAUGUCAACUAUGAUUUACAGAAAAACAAAGUUGUUGUGUUCAUGAAAGGUGUUCCAGACAGCCCUAAAUGUGGCUUUAGCAAUGCUGUUGUACAGAUAUUGAGAAUGCAUAAUGUUAAGUAUGAUGCUCAUAACGUUCUUGAAGAUGAACAACUUAGACAAGGUAUUAAGGAUUUUUCCAACUGGCCCACAAUACCUCAAGUAUUUAUAAAUGGAGAAUUCGUAGGUGGAUGUGAUAUACUUUUAGAAAUGCACAGAAAUGGUGAGCUGAUAGCUGAAUUAAAGAAAGCAGGUAUAACAAGUGCACUUUUAGAAGAAGAUGAAUCUCCAGAGAAGAAAACCAAAGAUUGAGAAUGAUUGAUAAUUUAGUGUGUUUAUGUAAUUUGUAAAUAAAAUAUCGUUUAUUCAAGGAUAAUUAUUAAAUUUUGUUAUAAUAAAAAUUUUGUUGAUUU